CCUUCUGUAGCCUGGAGAAGUUCUACGCGGACCCCGAGUCUCCCGACGGGCACUCGUACCGCCUGCAGUCCUGGAUCUUCGGGAGCCGAGUCCUGCAGUACGCCGACGCCUUGGAGCACCUGCUCAGCACAGGUCAAGGCGUGGUGCUGGAGCGCUCUCCCUACAGUGACUUCGUGUUCCUGGAUACCAUGUUAAAGCAGGGAUAUGUCCACAAGAGAUGCCUUGAUCACUACAAAGAGGUCAAGGAGAUCAGCAUUUCUGAGUUGCUGCCACCUCACUUGGUCAUUUAUGUAGAUGUGCCUGUCCCAGAAGUGCAGAAGAGGAUUAAAGAGAAAGGCAAGCCAUAUGAGAAAAAGGUGUCUCCUUCCUAUCUCCAGAGCAUUGAGGAUGCUUACAAGAAGACCUUCCUACCAGAGAUCAGUGAGAGCAGUGAAGUUCUGCAGUACACAGCGACUGCAGCUGAGGAUGUGGAGAAGGUUGCUCCUAGGUGCUGUCUCCAUCUCAUCAGGCACCUGAAGUGCAUUUUCCUGACUCCAGGGCAGGUUUCCCUCAGCUCCAGGCAGCCAGGUGUGAUAAGCAAUUACCUCCUGGAGCAGCAAAGGUCUGUUUUCUGGUGGAUCCAGGCUGUAAUUGAAGACAUUGAGUACCUGAAGUUUGACAAGGGGCCAUGGGUGGAGCAAGAUGAUGUUUCUUUCCAUCACUUGAGACUUUACGUGCAGGACAAGGCUGGAGUGCUGGAUUCCGUGUCCAUCCCGCGCUUCGUCCCCGAGAUCACCAUUGGUGGCUCUGAGUACGACAAGAUCUAUUAUGAGUACCGGGAGCUCCCUGGGCACAAGUACAAGCCAGGCUACAACGCUGAUGUUGGGGACAAGUGGAUCUGGCUGAAAUGAAAUCUGUUCCUGCUGGAGCCCUGGCCAGGAUGGACCACAGGACCUGAGGGAAGAGGAGCCACGUUCAGUGCACCUGCUGCACAUCACUUGUGUAGCACCAAGGAAACACUGCUGAAAUCAUUUCCCAUCCCCAGCAGAAAGGAGUAGACUCCCAGAAGGAAAACCACUUCAUUCUGGUUUGUUUUUCCCUGAGGAACUCAGGGAUGUUGGAUAGUCAGUGUGGGAUAGCCAAGUGAGCUGGGGCAGGCUGAACAUCAGAGCUGAAUUUUCUCUUCCUCGAGACUGUGGCACAUUAUUAUCCAGGAUUAGUCUUGUUCUGCUGAUUCAAGAGGAAUUAAAGCUGUACCCUCCUGGCUCUCACAAAGUUAGUAUCUUGUUCUGUUGUGCGUGGUGUUCUAUGAGGUUCAUUAGAAGCAACAAUGUGUUCUGAAAGGCACUGACUGGACCUCAGCAAAGCAUAAGAAGUUCUUUGAGAGAUGGAAAUGAGUUAUCUCAAUUAAUACAGCAAAAAUCUCUGCUUAAAAUUCUAAAAAACAGUCAAAAUAAUUGCCAGCAGUUGUACUUACAGCUUCUUGCUUUGAUUCUACUAUAGAGUGAGAUGUUUGUUGGCUAUAAAAGACAAGUGAAAUUA